AUGGCUGAAAGUUCAGGACAAGGCUCUAACGAUCAACUGGCACCCAUCGACCGGUUUCAACUUGUCUUCAACCGCCUCUAUGGUACCGAGUACCGCGCAGCCAAGAAAAUGUUACAUCCAAAGCUACAACAGAAGAGAAUGGGAGCUCGUCGUGGUCCGACGCUAUAUGAGCGUAUACUAUUAUUCAGGCGGCUUCGCGGGGAAACACAAGGCGAAAUACCCGGACAGGCCUUAGCAGAAGCUAAUGGAACUAAACCGGCGUAUAAAUCAGAAUCCAGGCCGGAUGACACACCGCCAGAAGAACGGAAACAAGAAUUUACAUCCCUUCAGCAGCAAGAUUCACCACAGGUUCGUCGUAAACCAAAUGAUUCUCCACAAGUUGUUCGGGCUCAAACUCGUCAACAGGUCUUCUACUAA